AGCAUGUAUAUCUUUAGGAUCCAAGACCCGGGCCAUAGGGAAUGCAGCAAAGAGCCAGAUUGUCACAAAUGUAAAAAAUACAUUACAUGGCUUCAAAAAACUGCAUGGAAGAGCAUUUGAAGAUCCUUACAUACAAGCUGAAAGGGCCAAACUUCCCUAUGAGCUUCAGAAGAUGCCAAAUGGCUCUGUAGGAGUAAAGGUGAGAUACCUAGAUGAAGAGAGACCGUUUGCAAUUGAGCAGAUAACGGGAAUGUUACUGGCCAAGCUCAAAGAGACGUCGGAAAGUGCUUUGAAGAAGCCAGUGGCAGACUGUGUGAUUUCAGUACCCAGUUUCUUCACUGAUGCUGAGAGAAGGUCUGUAAUGGCAGCUGCACAGAUUGCAGGAUUAAACUGUCUGAAGCUGAUGAAUGAAACUACAGCAGUUGCACUAGCCUAUGGAAUAUACAAGCAAGAUCUGCCAACCUUGGAAGAGAAGCCAAGAAAUGUGGUCUUUGUAGAUAUGGGACAUUCUGCAUAUCAAGUUUCAAUUUGUGCUUUUAACAAGGGAAAACUAAAGGUCUUGGCCACUACGUUUGACCCUUUCUUAGGUGGUAGGAAUUUUGAUGAGGCUUUGGUAGACUACUUCUCUGAAGAAUUCAGGACAAAAUACAAACUGAAUGUAAAAGAGAAUCCCCGAGCACUGCUGCGAUUGUAUCAGGAAUGUGAAAAACUAAAGAAGCUUAUGAGUGCAAAUGCUUCUGAUCUGCCACUCAAUAUUGAGUGUUUCAUGAAUGACCUUGAUGUCUCCAGUAAGAUGAACAGGGCUCAGUUUGAACAAUUGUGUGCUGCCCUUCUGUCCAGAGUAGAACCUCCUCUAAGGGCAGCCAUGGAUCAAGCUAGACUUCAGCGUGAAGAUAUCUACAGUAUAGAAAUCGUAGGUGGGGCCACUAGAAUCCCAGCAGUGAAGGAACAAAUCUCUAACUUCUUCUGUAAAGAAAUCAGCACCACACUGAAUGCUGAUGAAGCUGUUGCAAGAGGUUGUGCCUUGCAGUGUGCAAUUCUUUCCCCAGCUUUUAAAGUGCGUGAAUUCUCCAUCACAGAUGUUGUUCCUUAUUCAAUAACAUUAAGGUGGAAAUCAUCUUACGAGGAAGGAACAGGGGAAUGUGAGGUCUUCAGUAAGAACCAUGCUGCUCCGUUCUCAAAAGUAAUUACUUUUCACAAGAAAGAGCCUUUUGAUUUGGAAGCUUACUACACCCAUCCUCAUGAAGUGCCUUAUCCUGAUUCCAGAAUAGGGCGUUUCACUAUUCAAAAUGUUGUUCCCCAACAUGAUGGUGACAAUUCCAAAGUGAAGGUAAAAGUGCGUGUCAACAUCCAUGGCCUUUUCAGUGUGGCUAAUGCUUCAGUAAUAGAGAAGCAGAACGUAGAAGGAGAUCACAGUGACACACCUAUGGACACUGAAUCAUCGAAUAAGCUCCACGGCAAAGAGGAUGAGCUGGAUAAAAUGCAAGUUGAUCAAGAUGAAGGUAUCCAGAAAAGUCAGGCUGAACAACAGAGCCAAGCAGAUGAGGAAACUGAAAACGCAGGAACCGAAACAAAAACUGCUUCUGGAGACAAGCAGGAUCAUCCAGCACAGCCUAAGGCUAAAGCAAAAGUCAAAAGUAUUGACCUACCUAUACAGGCUAGUCUGUACAGACAACUGGGACAAGAUCUUAUCAAUUGCUACAUAGAAAAUGAGGGGAAGAUGAUGAUGCAAGACAAGCUUGAGAAGGAAAGAAAUGAUGCUAAGAAUGCUGUCGAGGAAUACGUGUAUGACUUCAGAGACAAGCUCUGUGGCGUUUUUGAGAAAUUCAUCACUGAAGAAGAUUCAAAUAGGCUGACCUUGAUGUUAGAAGACACGGAAAACUGGCUUUAUGAAGAUGGAGAAGACCAGCCAAAACAAGUGUAUAUGGAUAAGCUUCAGGAGUUAAGAAAAUUUGGACAGCCUAUUCAGGAAAGAUACAUGGAACACGAAGAGAGACCAAAAGCUUUAAAUGAACUGGGAAAGAAGAUUCAGCUCCUUAUGAAAGCAGUAGAAGCAUAUAAAAAUACGGAUGAAAAAUAUGACCACCUAGAUCCUGCUGAGAUGGAAAAAGUUGAAAAAUACAUUAGUGAGGCUAUGAGCUGGUUGAACAGCAAAAUGAAUGCCCAGAACAAACUAAGUUUAACCCAGGAUCCAAUCGUCAAAGUGGCAGAAAUGUUGGCAAAAUCCAAGGAAUUGGAUAGCUUCUGUAAUCCUAUUAUAUACAAGCCCAAACCAAAGGUAGAACCUCCUAACAAUGGGCAGGCGAAAGCUAAUGGUGAACACAACGGACCAGUGAAUGGACAAAGUGGUGCUGAAACAAAACCAGAUCCAGCGAAGGAUAACUCCCAGCAGACCAGACCAUCUGGAGAAAUGGAAGUGGACUAAAUCUUACGUUUCUUUCACUUAAUUAAAAUAGUGCAAGUAACCACAGGGUCCAUUCUUUUUGUCUGGUACACACCUCAAAUGUUCAGUUACUCUUAGCCAACUUUGUCAUUUGUUGUUGCAGUAGUUUUUGAAAGUGUUUUAUAUUAAGUACACCUCUGUUCGUUUCCACCGAUGCUGCUUAUGUGGAGCUUUAGCCAAAUGUAGAUUGUAUAAGUCAGUUCAAGCUUUCCCAAUAUAUUUUAUAUCAAACAUACAGAAUUGAUAUAUAGAUGGCAACAAUCUACCUUAUUUAAAGCUUUUAUUGUGGAUAAACCUCAGCUCCUUUAUUCAGGAAAGGAUACUGUAUUGCACUACUGAUGCUCAAGUGUAGAUCUAAUUGCAUCUUUAUUUUGGAAAAAUAUUGGAAUUGAAGUGGCAAACUGUCACUUGAAGCACUGACCUUUUCUAGUUAUUGUAUUGUUAUAAUUUAAAUAUUAAAAUAGAGGUUAGUUGGCAUACUAGUCCAUCUUGUUGAUGUACCAUGAGAAUUGUAUGGUGUCUUUUUCAUACUGAUAAUACAAGCUUAAACUUUUUUUAGAUUCCCCAUACCACUAGCAUAUUUAAUCUUAGUUAUAAAAUACUAGCAUAAUGGCUCUGCCAUUUGCUGAAGUUAAGUGAAUGAUCUCAUUGAACAUUGCUGUACAUAACGUACUGUGCUUAUGAUAGGAUGAUGCUCAUAAUAGUCUGAAGUGGUAGAAUAUACAAGGACUGUUGCAUAGGUUUCCCUUGAAAAUGUCUUAUUGCACAUAUUACUACUUACUGCUCAUUUCAUUUCGCAUGAAGUCUCCAUCUUGAUCAGAUGUUAUGCUGAGGAGGAGAAACAGCAGAAACUGUUUAUAUAACCUGGCUGUUGGAGCACUGAAUUGUGAGGCUGCUUAAAUGCUGUUUGUUGCAAACUUGAAACAAAUACUGAUUGAGGGCUUAUUUAAGCCCUGGUACUUGGCACAAUCCUUUUGGUUUGAGGAUCUAAACAGCGGAUCACAAACUGUACAUUAACCACUAGCUCCAAAGAUGAAGAAAGAAAUUAUUUGAUAAAUUUCCGUAACUUACCAGUUAUUUUUGGUCAUUCACUUGAUCAAAUGGAGGUGUCUCUAAUACAAUGUAUUAGAAAGUUGAGUGAGUCACUUUUUCCUUUGGUCUGUUUACUCCAGCCAGUUCAAAGCUCAUAUAUUCUGAAUAAUUCUGUUAGUCAUGGAGGGAACUGUAACACUUUCUAAAGCAAGUCCAUUUUCUCUUGACUUCACAAACCACCCACCCUCGUUGCCAGAAGAAGAGUGGGCUACUCCUCACUCUGGAAAGUGGUUUAUUAGUCAAGUCAGCAUACUGGACUGAGAUUAGUUGCACUGUAACACUGUACUGACUUGAACUCCAUUUUGGAAAUGCAUUUAGUAGUUCAGGUGUUAGUCAAAUAGGCGCUCCAGCACCAGUUCUCACAUGGAAAAGCUUGUUGCUGUUGUAAAUGAGCCACGUGUCAAAGCUCUUCCUUCCAAUUUUGGCAGCUGUUUCAACUUUACCCGUGUCCUGACAUUCCCCUACUAUUUAUGCUGUAAGGAGAGGUGAGCUGUAGAGGUGAGCUGUGCUCCCCAGUAGCUUAAUGGGAAAAGGAAGCAUCAGUUAGAGCUGUCUAUGCACCUGGUAAACCAACUGAAGUGCUAGAACUGUAUCCUUGUGACUGACAUCAGUGACUUUGCUCUUCUACCCCUACAAAAUCGAUUGCGGGUGAUCUGGCACUCUGGGUUUACAUAUUUAAAUCCCUUGAACAAUUGUGUGACCUUGAAGAGAGCUGCAGCUACUCUGCAGCCUCAGUCUUGAUGCUGUUGAGGUCACGCAUCUUGGGCAACAACGUGGUGACUAGUUUAAGUCAGCAUGUGACCAAACAAGCUCCAGUCGCAUAAGCUUUAACAUUACAAGCAUCCUAAUGGCUUUACCACGCUAGUGUAAUAACUACUACUGUCAAAUAGUGGGGUCUGAAAACGCAUUUAAGUAUUAACUUAUAUCUUGUAGACCUCCUGCCUGGUAUUUGGCAGGGGAAGAGCUCGUUCAGUGGAAGAGAUGUCUGGUACAAGCUCCUCUGUAGCUAAAAGGUCGUAUGUAAGGAAAGCAAAGCUUGCUUCCGUUCUUGGUCAUUAAAUGCUCAAUACUGCAUUACAAAUGUUGGAGGCAAUUUUAUACCUAAAGGCCAAAGGAAUUCUACAGCUGCUUAAUAUGUCAAGCUUGAAAGCGGAUAGGGUUAAGACAAGGAGCAGAACAGUACGUUUUGGCUGUGAACCUGCUCUGUCUCUAGAGCCCUGGUGAAGAUGAAUGUUACCCAACGCGUUGAGAAUCCCUUUGUAAGGGCAAAAUUGUUGUCUUUUGUCUUUUGAGAAUGAGUGUCACAUGAACGUGUCCUUCUUUCCUGCUGCAAAGGGGGAAGUUAUUAACAUGACACAGAUCUACAGUUCUCAGCUAUUUACAGUAACCAUGCACAAGUUGAAGGUGAAGUUUUGCUUGUCAGAUGCAACAAGGAACAAAUUAUCUUGUGGCCACAGGGAUAAAUAUUUUGGAGUGCAAAAUUACAAUUUUGCUAGGGUACCAACAGUAGCAUGCUAUGUUACAUUUUGUGUAUUUUAAAAAUGGGUAUUAAGUGUUUCAUCUUACUUUUUAAUACUUACUUUUGAAUGCAAGAUGCAUUUCUAAUAUGCUUGAAAAUAUUCCCUCCAUCCCCUAAAAAUGAAGCAAUACCAUCUUAGUAAGCAGUUUUGUUAAAAAGUAGCUUUGUUAAAUCGGUUCCUAAGUUUAGAUAAUAGUUUAGUUACAAAACAGCACGAGUAUUUCCUUUUGUUUUAUCUGUAAAAUCUAUCUAUUUUUUUUUCCUUUAAAAAGCAGUGAUUCUCUCCCGUCGUGAGCAUUCGUGGACUUAGUUAUUCAAGAAACUGAUUUUAAUUUGAUUUGUUUUACUAAAACAGCUAGUAGCCGCUAGGUUUAAAAAAAAAUAACUUCUUUUCCACAUCUUUUAUUAUGCCGUACGUUUGAAAGAUCAACGUCAGCGUUUCCUCUGAACUUCAUUCAGAUGUUUAAGGUGAAAGUAGACGUAUACUCUUCUUCACAGGGAUGGCUAUAAGUCUGAGUUAAACAGACAAGGGAGUUAUGCUCUAAAAUAACACAGUACAGCUGCCUUCCUUGUUGGUCAUUUGUUUGGAGAUAUAAGGCUGAAGUAGAAUGAAAAAUCCUUUUUCCCUUUGCUUUGGGCAGUAUUUAAACAGUAAAACUACAGAUGCUACCUUUGGGACAUGCUUGCAAAACUUACAGUAGGAAGUUGCAGGAUUUAGGAUGCAAGCCCUUUGGAUGAAGCACCUAACUUGUAUUACAAGUAAGGCUUCAUAAGACAAUUUGGUAGAGUGAGGGAGAAGGAGCUUGCUUCUCCCUGUCUGGUACAGCUUGGGCCUGAGAGGAACUGCACUUCCCACAAUACUACCCUUGAAGCACAGAGACCUAAGACUAUAAAACUCUUCUCUUCAUUUCAGUCAGAGGGUACCAUGGCUGACCUUACUUUCAGCAUGCAGUAUGAAGUUGUUGGUUGUUUCUCUUAAGAGUAGUAGAGCUCUUGAUCUAAGCGUCUAACCAGCGGUUGCAGAUAUAAUUAAGAUUCCUUUAUAUUCUCAGUAUUUGAAGUUAUUUAGUAUUCCGUGGGACAUCUCAGUGUUCUAUACUCCAUCCUCUGAUAGAGCUGUGUGUGUGUGCGUGCGCGCAUUAACUCAUCUCAGAUAUUCCAUGUUUAAGUGAGGUUGCUCCCUAGGGGGAUUAAGUUUAAACUUACUGCAAAAAGCAGGCAAAGAACUUCCUCUUUCUUGACUCAUAAUAGUUAGAGAGAAACUUACAGCCUUAACGAACCUUGGAGUCUGCGUAGCUGAAUGUUCUAUCUAUGCCACGUGAUUACCUGACGCUAGCUUUCAAAAACCGGAAACCGUUUUAUAAAUAUGCUGAACGUGCUAGUUCAAAGCAGCUGGCUUCGCUGCGGUGGAAAGAGAAUCCAAACUUAAUUUGCCUAUAUUAGUUUUACCAUGAACCACUUCUCUCAAAACAGAGCCUUAACAGUCAGCCCUCCGCGAGCCCUGUAUGCUGAAGUCCAGGUCCGCGCGUUAGUUGGGCAAUCAAGAUAACGUCUGGAAA